AUGACCGAUAUUCGCAAACGAACACAUAUUAUACACGUAAUACGAUAAGAUACGUAUAUAUUAGGGUGGUUUUUGUUUGGGUGAUGGUGGAAUUUCUUUUUGGACGCCCCUUGACUUUGUUAUAAAAAGAAAAUAAACAUUUUGAGCUUUAUUUGAGAUUUCUAUGGCAAUUCUUUCGUACUCCUGCAGGUAGGUAAUGUUUUCUAUUUAAAGUACAUUGGUUUUAUCGUUUAUUCUGAAUUUCGUUUAUACGAGGCAUCAAAAAUUGACGGUAAAAUGUUUUUCUAGCGUGGAAAUUAUCUAGAAGAAAUUGCUUAUUAAUAUGGGAAAAAAAAAAGUUUUUCAAGAAUUAUAUGGCAUUUUCUUUCCGUUAAUUAUACAUAAAAAAAGUUUUACCGUCAAUUUUUGAUGCCUUCUAAAACGAAAUUCGGAAUAAACGAAAAAACCGAUAAAUGGGAAAGUUUACCUCGUUACAGGAGAACGAAAGAAUUGUCCCGGGAAGCUCAAAUAGGGCUCGACAUUUUUAUUUUGUUUUUUAGAACAAAGUUAGGGAGCGUCCAAAAAGAAAUUCCACCGUCGACCAAAUAAAAACCACCCUAGUACAUACAUAUGUACGCGCACAGUUCUGCUUUUGCCCCGAGACCUUUAAUAAUACACAAUACACAACACUUAUGCAAAUUACCUUAAACUUUGUUGUCCGCGGAAACGACGCAAAACUAUAUACGUAUACGUAGUACGUACAUACGUGUAUGUAUAUAUAUAUAUAUUAUACACUCGUCCCCCAGAGUUCGAUAAAAACGUCCACUUUAUUGUCGAAGGUAAUAUAUUUCAGACCGUCACACACAAGUGACACCGUAGGUACACUGCUCCACCCGCCCCCGUAUCCCGUAAGAGUUUUCACGCAUACAUCAACGUUUUGUAAUAAUACCAAUAUAUCAUAUUAUAAAGAAAACGGGUGAGCCACUGUUUCUGGUGGGAAGUCGGGAUUGGUAUAGGAUACGUACAAAGUUUAAUUUAAUUCGUAUCGAACCGUCGCUAACAAUAAUAACGAUUCUGAUCGGUCAAAGCGCGUAUAUAAACAUUACGCACAACUUUCUAUUUUUUUUUUUUUUUUUAGUACAACGUCUUAUAGCGAAUAUCUAAUUAAGUUUUCGAACAUUUCUGUCUCAUUAAACAAUAUUUUAUCUUGUUGCCAAGGUAACCAAGAAAUAAACAAAAAUUAUACAAACAAUCGCUAUAGUUUUAGCCAUUUAUUAGAUUUAUCAAAGCGCUACGAGAAAGUUCCUAUAAAGUUUUUGACUGAAGCGAGAUUUCUGGUAGAAAGUUGUUUACAGACACAAAAAAAAAAAAGCACAAAAUAUAACCAAUAAAACCAAAACACUUGACAGUAUUCCGUUAGUCGUUUAUUACCAAUAUUUGGUAAACAGAUGGAGCAAACGCAUGAUUGAAUUUUCCGAUUAAUGAUGAAAGGAAUUAUCUUCUAAAAAAAAAAAACUGUUUUUUUUUCGCUCGAAAUUCGCCCUUCGAUAUAACGAGUAUUUCAUAUUUAUACUUAAUACACUUUCUUGGCGUUUUCCAUGGUAUUUAAAUUAUAAAUUUUAUUUUAAAAUUCAACAUUUGUAAACAUCAAUCUUGAUAAUAGAAAAUUUGGCCACGGAUUGAUUUAGGAGGGCUUACAAGCAAAAUAUGUAGAAAACAAUAUUGACAGUUUUCCCCUCGGAUGCAAAAGACAGAAACCAAACAAAAAUAAUGACUUAAGACACAAGGUUGUAAGCUAUAGACUGUGGCGAAUGCCAAAGUUUCCUACCCCCUCCCCCCAAAUGACGCUACUGCAGUAUUAGACAUUCACAUUCGUUAAAUUCGUUAAGUAUAUUAUUAUAUAUUACUCGGAGUGUGACGAAUACCUACCGUUAUUCGCAAUGUUCAACAAGAAACUUAUGUGUUAUAGUAUAGUCACUAAAUCAAUAAACAACUGAGCUGUAAAUACUCCGCACGACGGAAAACUUUUUAUUUGAACAUACUUUGUAAGUUUAUCAGAUCGGAAUUUACGUCAAUUGACCCCGAAAAGAAAAACACAAACAAUUAUUAUCCUAUAUAGUAAAUAUACGUAUACACUGCAAAGUAUACUGCAGACAUUUGUUAGACUAAAUUUUAUACCUUCCCGGAAUUUCUAACAUAUAAUAUUAUUUUAUACUAUUUUAUAUAGAUAGGUACGAGUUACUUGUGGUUCUUAUUCAUUUUAAAUCUUCUAUUGCGGGUAAGUAUUAAACAAACAUUUCAACUUUGUCCAAAUUAAUAAUAUAAUACUAUGUAUAUCAACAUUAUAAAUAGGUAAACAAAACAAUCAAACAAUAAAUAAUGUGUACGGUAUAUAGUGUAGUCAUAUUGUAUUAUUAUAUUGACCAAUUCACGAUUGCUAUUAGUUUUCCUCGCAUUAUAUUACAAAGUUUAAUUAUUUUUCAUAUUUGUAUGCGAUAAUAUAUUACGUUGCAUAUUUCGUCAAAUAUAUCGUGUAAAUAUUUUUUAAAAAAACUGAACAUACUUCGCACCAUGGAUAGGCUACUGCCUGUUGUUUUAGGUAGGAAGUUGAGAAAGUAUAAGAUAAAAUAUAAUUUUAUUUAAAUCUAAAAGCAACGAUAAAUAAUUUCAAUCAAAAACGAUUCUGAGCUGUGCUCUGUAAAUUGUUAAGGUUGUAGGCGUUUUAUUCCUUGAAGCUAAGGUAACCCAGAAAUCAACGAAUAUAAAACUAAAAUACCGCGUUUGUUGUCAGUUUUUAGAAAUACUACUAAGAAUCGAAACAAAUUGUUUAUGUAUAAAAAGUACCACCGAUAAAAACCGCAUCUUUUUAAGCACAGUAUGAAUGAAUCAGAACAAUUUUAAUAACCAUAAAAAUGUUUUGCAAGGAAAACAAAGUACACCAUAAUAAAACUAAUAGCUUUUUAUCGCUAGUACACUAAGAAUCCAUACAAAUAGAAGGAAAAUAUAUUCAAUUUAUUAUUCACUUAAAAAUGUGUACAUUGUUAAAAAGUCUUUAGAUUCUAAAAUUAAUCAAAAGUACUUGUUUUACAAAUUGGUAAACUACGGAUAAAGUAAUAUUAUUAAUUUAUCAAAGUAGUGUUAAAUUUAUAUUAAAUAUAGUCCUAAAAACAAAAAAAAUUAUAAUUUUGACUUUUAAUAUCGAUUAAUUGUAAUACCCGUCUAUAAAUAAAAAUAUGAAAAUAAGAAUUUUGUACUCGAAUAAACUCUGGAAACACUCAUCCAAUCGUCAUGAAGUAUUUCUAAAACGAUAAGAAUACAUCGUGGAGAAGAUUUUAAGCAUAAUUUUAAUGCUGUAAGUUAAAAAACAACAUAGUUCUUCAUUUUAUAAAUAAUCGGUUAAAUACGUUAAAUCUCUAAAUAAGUCUGUUCCGUUAUUUAAAUAGGUACGGAUAUGUUAAAAAGAUAAAUACGAUUAAUAAAUUUAUAGGUCUUUAAUACACAUUUUUUUUUUUUUCGAAAAUCAUUGUAUGUUUAAGCUUCUUGUGAAUUACCAAAAGACAUGUGAUAUUGUGUAACGUAAUAAUUGGUAGUUGAAAAUUAAACCUAAGUUCCAUUUAUAAAAUUUGGUUAUCAGCGCACCGCUUAUUUUGUUUAAUUUUGUGCGUUUGUGACUUAUGAUGUAUUGUACAUUUUAAACCAUUAAUAUAUUUACUAAACUUAUGAUCAGUUAAUUUUGCUCACUAUAUCCAAUUAGAUUGUGUGCAUUAUAAAUAGUUCUCGUAGCCAGUAUAACAUUUUAGAUGUACAGAAAAAUUCCGCAAGCUCUUUUUACUCGAUUGGCGUUUUUAAGUUACAAUCAUACAGAGUGAUAACAUAACGUGAGACACUCAUUAUUUCGAAACGUAUUAACUUUUUUCGGAAUUUGUUUGUUUAGAUCAUUUAUACGAAAAUAUGAAUAGCUCCAAAAUGUUAUAUUACGGUUAUUUUCCGUCGCCCUUAUUUCAAACCACUAUCUACUUUUGAUUUUCAAAUGACAACCUAUAAAAGUCCAUACAUGAAUGGAAUAUUAGUUUUAAGUUUAAAUACAUUUUUGUGAUAAAAUUUCUGAUUUCCGUCAACCCGUUGACAAAUGAUGUACCACUGUACUCUUCUUCCGCCGAAACUUAAAAAUGGAAUAUCUCGUCAACGGUUUGACGGAAAUUAAAAAUGUCAACACUUAAAUUGAUUUAAACAAAUACUCCAUUUAUUUAUGGACUUUUAAUAUAGGUUUACAUUUGAAAAUCAAAAGUACGUAGGGGUUUUACCUCUUAAAAUGAGGGGCGACUCGAAAAAAUAGUAAUGCAACAUUUUAGAGCUACUUGCUUCCCAAAUGUUCUAAAAAACAAAUUCCGAAAAAACUAAAUACUAUCCGAGAUUAUGAGUGUUUUACAUUACGUUUAUCACCGUUACGUGUAUACGUAUAUACGAUGUGAGGGUAUCCGAUAAAAGAGCAAAAGAACGAAAUAUUUUAAUAAAUUGUAUAAUAUGUAUAUACGUAUAUGAGAUCUUAUUACUGCUGCAGAUGUAUUACAUUAUUAUGCGAGUGGACACGUGAAAACCGUAUACAUCCAAUGGCAUUUGCAGGAACGAUGGAUUAAACAAGACCCAGGGGAAGAUCCCGACACCACCGCAGAUGAAUGGACGGUGCACGGUGUCAUAAAAACGUCCGAGGAAAUAGUCCCAGAACGGGGAGCAGCAAAUUAUAUAAAAGGAUAA